CUACCUCAAGUUCCGUUUGAGCCCUGGAUAAGCACUAGCAUUAUUGGCGAAUGGGUUCUCGGAAAUACCUUCUCCUGCGCACUUUUCUUCACAUACGGAACCUUUUGGCUAGUUCAAGGUACCUCGCUUAUCCCUUCUUUUGCUGUCGGUACAAUGUAUUCGUCGACUGGUAACACAUUAGAAGGGAUUACAACCGCUGAAUACAAUGCUACUGUCGGCUUCUACUAUGUCUGCCUCACCAUUCUCACAUUUGUAUACAUGAUCUGCUCUCUUCGCACCAUCAUCUGCCUCUUCUUAACGCUAUUGCUUCUUGUCAUCACCUUUGGGUUAUUCUCCAGUACUUUUUUCACACUAGCUCUUGAAGAUUUCGAACUGGCGGCAAAACUACAGAAGAUGGCUGGAGCAUUUAACUUCGCGCUUUGCUUACCAAUGGCAUAUUUUCAUCGCGCAAAUUUUGGAUGCGGUCGAUUUCCCCAUCACCUUGCCUGUGGGCGAUCUAAGUACCAUUGUGCUUGGGAAGACCCAAAGGCGCGAAAGCGUGACUUAGAGGUUUAA